AUGGUUGUGUUUAAAGAGAUUUUGCCGUUCAUGAAGCGUUUACCAAUUCAAAAGGCGUUAACGGAUCAGCACAAAGUCUUCAAAUCUCAUGUUGAUCGAUUCUGGAAGAAGGCUGUUUAUGAUGAUGUAAAUGAUGUGAUUAAUUCAAUUGUUAAGAUUGACAAUGAAGAUAAAGAGAACAUAAUCACAGAACAGCUUGUACGAGAAGUGUUAGAAUUUCCAAAUGAUGAUAAUUCACCAAUAGGGUUUCUAGAAAAAAUGGUCAAAGGUUGUAUGCUGAGAAUGGGUUAUAACGGUCCGUUGAAUACAGCAAAUUAUUUGAAAGCUUGUUUCAUGAAGCCGUACAAAUUCUUUAUUCACUCAGUGAUUCAUGCGCUAAGUCACAUGAAAGGAGGAUACGGCGUUAUGAAAGAUUAUCAAAUGUGUAUGGUGACGGCAUUGGUGCUAAACAAGAAGUAUAACUUUUCGAGAAUCAUUUUUCACUACAUGAAAGAUAAUAUUACCUCUGGUAGUCGAAGUUGGGUGUAUCCGAGGUUUGUGCAGAUGAUGCUGGAUCAUGCCUAUCCAAAUCUGGUGAAAGAUGAACAAAAUGAUCUCAUGGUAUUGCAUCACAUGGAUAAUGAAACGUUAAUCAGAUUAUCCAAGUAUACAAAGAAUUGGCCAGAACCGAAGAAGAUAGAGUUUUUCGGAUUCAUCAAAAAUGAAAAGUAUGAAGAUCCAGAUCCAGUGAAUCAUUUGAAGUGGAGGAAUGAUGUUGAAAUGAAAGAAAAAAGUGCAACUGAUGAAUUAACCAAGUUAAAAUAUUUCAUUGAAACAAGAAACGAUUGGUACACGAAGGUGGAAAAAGAAAAGAAAAAAGGUGGAAAGAGAACUCCUACACCAAAAGCUCAAGCUGAAGAAGGAUCAUCUUCUCAACCACAAAAGAAACGUAGAAAGAAAGCGGUUGAAACAAUGUUGGUUGAUGAACCAGAAGUUGAUGAAACGGAAGCUGAUGCUGAAAAAGAUCAAGAUCCAUUAACUCCUGAAAUUGAGCGUUUGUUGAAAGAUAUUGAUGAUACGUUAGAAGCAAAGAAAGCAGCUGGUAAGAAAGUGGUUGAUGAUGUAGAAAAGAGUACAUCUGGUGCAGAAAGUGAUACAGAUCCUGAAGUUGAUCGUUGGAUAAGAGGAAACUAUGAUCCAAAGGAUAGAGAGAAACAAAAGAAAAGAAAGAGGAGUGCGGAUGAUGAUGAUGAAACGUAUGUUCCAACACCAGAGAAUGUUCAGGUUGUACAAACACCAUCUUCUGGAGGUCGAAAGAAAUCUACAUCAAGAAAACGUGUCCAAACUCCAGCAGCUCGAAAGUUAAAAUUCAAGCUGAACUUAAAAUCUAUCCAAGGUCCUAAACCACCAUCAUCACCACCAGAACCACAAUCUAAACAACCAUCACCACCACAACAACCAUCACCACCACAACAACCAUCACCAGAACAUUUACAAUCACCACAAUCAUCACCACAACUUCGUAUUUCAUCACCUAUUCAUGUUCAAUCACCAAUAACUUCACCACACAUCCAACAAACACCACCAACCACACAACCACCAGGUACACAACCACCAAUUCAUACUACUCCUAGAUCGUCCAUUUUUGAACACUUUCCACAUAUUCCAGAGAGUACAGUUCUUGAAAAGCUUGAUGAUUUUAGUUUUGUAAAUGAUGAUCUUGUGAAGGAGUUGCAAAAGAAGGUGACUGAGGUGUUGAAUGAGAAAAAGAAGUUGGAAGAAUGUGUAAAGUCUGUUGAAUCUGAGAAUUCAUCUUUGCUGAAAAAGAUUGAAGCUGAUCAAGCCGACAUAGAUAUUCUGAAAGUUCGAAUAGCUGAAUUGGAAGAAGAAAAGGCUCGAAGAGAUGAGCAGAAUGAGUACUUUAAGUUGAAAAAUAAAGAAUUAGAAGCCAAUAAUGCUAAGAAGGAACAUGAAGCGUAUAUGUUAAAGAAAGUGUUGGAAAAUUUGAUUGGUAAGCCGAUUGAACAAAGGUUUGAAGAGAUAGAACUUGAGGAAGUUAGAGCAAGACGUGAAGCUGAAAUAGAAGUUGGAAUGAAAGAUAAGGGUAAAGGUGUUCCAGUUGAAGAUGUUUCUCAAGUGACUGAAAGAGCAAUUGUUCUGACUGAGCCAACGAAAGUUCCAGAAUCAUCUAUUCUAGAUCCUUAUGAUGAAGAUGAUAAUCUGAAAGAUGAUGCAGAUGAAGUAUAUUCUGUUCAUAGUGAUGAUGAUGAUGAUGAUGAUGGAAAUGAUGAUGCUGAUCAAGGUACUUCGGGUAUAAAAGUAACUGAAGCGUCACAAGAAGAAAAUAUUGAUGAUUAUCUUCAAGAUGAUGCAAACGAAGAACCAGAGAAUGCAGGAGGAAAGGGGGAGCAUGAUGAUGCUAAAAAGGUUGAUGAGAAUGUUGAUCAGAGUACAUGUUUGAUUUUAUGUCUUGAACAUGAUGUAGAGGAAGGAGAGAUCUUACAUACUUAUACUAGAGCUGAGAUUGUUAAGAUGAUGGUUAUUGAAGACAGUGAGUUUAACUUCGAUUUUGAAGAGGAGUUGAACAAGUUUGAUAUCAAUCAGCAACCUGAAUAUCAGUACAAGUACGUUGAAGAAGCUGAUAAGUAUGAUAAAGUGGAAGCAGAAGACUGGAGUGAUGAUGAUCAGUCUGCAAAUGUUAACGUUGAUACUACUAGUUUUCCAACUCUUACUGAGUUUUUCAGCCAAGCGGAUGAAGAUGAAUUGAGAAGAAAAGUUGCUGAAAGUGUCAAGAGUAAGAGUUUUUGUGACAUGUCGAAAGAAGAACAACGCGAAGAAAAGAAGAAGUGGUUUAGGAAGGAUACGUAA